CUUCAUUUCUCGAACCGACGACGUCCGGAACGGUUGCGUUUGGCCGCUCUUGUUCGUGCCCUUCGAUCGAAGCAUAUCCAAAUACUCGAAAGGAAGGUGCAAGGGCUGCUGGUCGAAGUUAGGCGGCGCUGAGUAACUCUCGCGGUGCGUGUGGUGCCCAAACUUAGUUUUCCUCUAACCUGUGAAGUAUCUUCUUGGGUGAGUCUCUGGAUUGAACCCCAAGAGGUGCCGUUAUUGCCGUCAGAAAGACAGUGUCUCCAGGCAGCUUCACAUGGUUGCAGUGCAGUGUCACUAGGGUGAUGGAUUUUCCAAAUUGGCCGAUGUUUGCAGUUGUUUGUGAUGUAAUUAGCCUUCCGAAAGCAAAGCCCAUAGUGUUUGCGCAUUGAAGAAAUUAAGCGCUGGAAAUACCGAUACAUAGAGAGAAAAAGUGCGCAAAGGAGAGAGCUAUCAUAAAAAAACAGCUUAGAUAUCAGUGUCAGUGCCAAAUCUUAAUUAACAUCUUCGUAAUAAACUCCUCGGCGUGUUGUGCUGUUCUUCGUUUAACGCUGCAACCUUUCGAAAAUGACAGGUGAAAGCAAAGGGACAGUUCUGGUAACGGGCGGUGCAGGUUACAUUGGUUCCCACACGGUGGUUUCCCUUCUCGAGGCUGGCUACGGUAUCGUAGCGCUGGAUAAUUUUACAAACUCGGUCAACUCGGCGAAAAACGAUUCUGUGGCUUUGAAGCGGGUGGAAGAGAUCACCGGAAAGGAGGUCACCUUCUACCGGUGCGAUUUGUUGGACAAAGAUGCCGUGGAAAACAUUUUCAAAAGGCACAAAAUCGAUUCGGUGAUCCAUUUUGCCGCCUUGAAGGCGGUGGGAGAAUCGAUGACCAAUCCAUUGUUGUACUACAAAAACAACAUGAUCGGUAUGAUAAAUUUGCUGGAAGUUAUGGAAAGCCAUGGGGUGCACAAAAUGGUCUUCUCCAGUUCCUGCACCGUUUAUGGCGAGCCGGAUGCUCUACCGAUUACCGAGGAUAAUCCGACCGGAAAUGUGACCAACGUUUACGGAAGGACCAAAUACUUUAUCGAGGAAAUGCUGAAGGAUGCGGUACAUGCCGAUCCCAAGUGGAACAUCAUUGCGUUGCGAUACUUUAAUCCCGUGGGUGCACACAAGUCCGGCCGGAUCGGAGAGGAUCCUACAAAGCAGUUUACCAACCUCAUGCCAUACAUUAGCCAGGUUGGCAUCGGAAAGAAGGAUGUGCUGACCAUUUUUGGCAACGACUACAACACACCCGAUGGAACUGGUGUCAGAGACUACAUCCACGUAAUGGAUUUGGCUUCAGGACAUGUCGCUGCGCUGGACAAGUUGGACCGGGAACAUUUGGGCCUGAAGAUGUUCAACCUGGGAACCGGAAAGGGAAUUUCGGUAAUGGAGCUGAUCCAAACAUUCGAGCGGGUGAACAACGUCAAAAUUCCCUACGUGAUCCAGGAACGACGACAGGGAGACAUUUCUGCCAUGUACGCCAACGCGACCCUUGCCGAGCGAGAACUGGGAUGGAAGGCCACCCACACCGUCGACGAGAUGUGCGAAGACUUCUGGCGAUGGCAACAGAUGAACCCGACCGGUUACAAAACGGAAAUGGUGAACGGUCAUCACUGAAAGCUAAAAAAAACACUGCCCCAUUUUUUAAACUAAUCUGACGCAGCAGACACAACUAGUUUUAAUGAUUACUCCUAGAAGAAUAUGGAUUCCUUUUAUUUAUGACACACUUCGAAAUUGAACAGUCUAGCAUUUUGUAGUUUUAAAACCUCCGUUCCGAUCGAAGUAAAGUUUGGAUACACAUUUCGGGCAAACAAUUCCAAGCAUUUCGGAUGCUCUGGAAGCAAUUCCGCAAACAGAUCUAAAAGACAAUGAAAUAAAGUAUUAAGUAGUAAAAAAUAA